GCGCUGUGCCUCGCCUGGUACGGCCUCAGCGCCGGCGGCAACGUGGUCAACAAGCUGCUGCUGGGCGGCUUCCCCCGGCCCGUCACCGUGUCGCUGUUCCACAUCCUGGGGCUGUGCGGGCUCCUGCCGCCGCUGCUCCGCGCCUGGCGCGUCCCUCCCGCCGGCCCCGCGCAGCUGCCGCCCCGCGCCUACCCCCGCUACAUCCUCCCGCUCGCCUUCGGCAAGUACUUCGCCUCCGUGUCCGCGCACGUCUCGCUCUGGCGGGUCCCCGUGUCCUACGCGCACACAGUGAAAGCCACGAUGCCGAUCUGGGUGGUUCUGCUCUCRCGGAUCAUCAUGAAGGAGAAGCAGACGACGAAGGUGUACCUGUCCCUGAUCCCCAUCAUCACUGGUGUCCUGCUGGCCACGGUCACAGAGCUCUCCUUUGACAUGUGGGGACUCAUCAGUGCUCUUGCUGCUACUCUGUGCUUUUCACUCCAGAACAUCUUCUCCAAGAAGGUGCUGAGAGAUUCCAGAAUCCAUCACCUUCGGCUGCUGAACAUCCUCGGGUGCCACGCUGUGUUCUUCAUGAUCCCCACCUGGGUUUUGGUGGAUCUUUCUUCCUUCUUGGUAGAGAAUGACUUGAGCUCCAUGUCUCAUUGGUCCUGGACCUUGAUGCUGCUUAUAAUCAGUGGAUUCUGUAAUUUCGCUCAGAAUGUCAUUGCCUUCAGUAUCCUGAACCUGAUCAGUCCCCUCAGCUACUCUGUGGCCAAUGCCACCAAGAGGAUCAUGGUGAUCACCGUGUCCCUGAUCAUGCUGCGCAACCCCGUCACCAGCACCAACGUCCUGGGCAUGAUGACAGCCAUCCUCGGGGUCUUCCUGUACAACAAGACCAAAUACGACGCAAACCAGGAGGCGAAGAAGCAGCAGCUGCUCCCGGUGACCACCGGGGACCUGGUGAAUUUGGAGCGGCACCGAAACGCCCCCGAGAAAUCCCAGAACGGCCUCACAACCUUUGGGCAGCACGGAGACUUUCAGUACGGCCGCAGCAACGUCCUSACAGACCACUUCCAGUACAGCAGGCAGAACUAUCCCACACCCUACAACAUGAACCGUUUUGAUAUUUAGGAUCCUGGCAGACAGGCACAGACUGUGAUGUCCCCAGCAUUAUCAGAGAACUUUCAGCACAUCCGUGAAUGUCACCGAGCCAUCGAACUGGGCAGGUUUGGCAGCAGGGCAGGUGCAGCUGCUGCUGGGCAGAGCUUUAAACCAGAGCUGACACUGGAACCGAACCCAGAGCAGAGAUUUCUGCUGAGGUGCACGUGGUGGAGAGGAACAUCUGCCCCUGCUCCUUGCAGAGUCUCCCAGUUGGGUGUUUAUUCUCUUGGCAGCUGAAUUCGGGCCAGUAUCUUGUUAAUGUCACCUUGAAGUUGUUCUCUAAUAACGGUUUAAUGAUAAUUUUUAAUGAAGCUUUCAGAGAGGAGUGAAAGCGAGGGGUGCUGCUGCUGCUCUUAUCAAGAUUUGUCUGAGGAGGAUCAGU